AUGUUUAAGAACAGCAGCAAAUUUUGGCUUUCGGGUCUUACGCUCUUUUACGCCAUGUUGUUGGUGGUGAUGCCAUUUUUCACUGCCAACGCUGGUGUCGCUUUGGCUGAGGACGACAAGGAAGAGAGUUACGGUACUGUGAUUGGUAUCGACUUGGGUACCACCUACUCCUGUGUCGGUGUCAUGAAGAACGGUAAGGUUGAAAUCUUGGCCAACGACCAAGGUAACAGAAUUACUCCAUCUUACGUUGCCUUCAAUGAAGAAGAAAGAUUGAUUGGUGACGCGGCUAAGAACCAGGCUCCAUCCAACGUCAACAACACCAUUUUCGACAUCAAGAGACUUAUUGGUUUGAAGUACAAGGACAAGGUUGUCCAGAAGGAAAUCAAGCACUUGCCUUACAAGAUUGGCAAGAAUGGCGACAUGCCUGUCGUCGAGGUUAACUACGGCGGCGAGGAAAAAUCCUUCUCUCCAGAGGAAAUUUCUGGUAUGAUCUUGGGUAAGAUGAAGUCCAUUGCCGAGGAGUACUUGGGUAAGAAGGUUACUCAUGCUGUGGUUACUGUUCCUGCUUACUUCAACGAUGCUCAGAGACAGGCUACCAAGAAUGCUGGUACCAUUGCUGGCUUGAACGUCUUGAGAAUUGUCAACGAGCCAACUGCCGCUGCUAUUGCUUACGGUUUGGAUAAGACUGAUGGCGAGAAACAAAUCAUUGUCUACGAUUUGGGUGGAGGUACCUUCGAUGUGUCUUUGUUGUCCAUUGAGGGUGGUGUUUUCGAGGUCUUGGCCACCGCUGGUGACACUCACUUGGGUGGUGAGGACUUUGACUUCCAGGUUGUCAAGCACUUGACCAAGUUGUUCGAGAAGAAGCACAAUGUUAGUGUUGCCACCAACCAGAAGGCCAUCUCCAAGUUGAAGAGAGAGGCUGAGAAGGCCAAGAGAACUUUGUCUGCCCAGAUGAGCGCUAGAAUUGAGAUUGACUCUUUCUAUGACGGUAUCGACUUCUCCGAGACUAUCUCCAGAGCUAAGUUCGAGGAGUUGAACAUCGCUUCUUUCAAGAAGACCUUGAAGCCAGUGGAGAGAGUGUUGAAGGAUGCCAAUGUAAAGAAGACUGACAUCGAUGACAUUGUUCUUGUUGGUGGUUCCACCAGAAUUCCAAAGAUCCAGGAAUUGAUUGAGAAGUUCUUCGAUGGUAAGAAGGCCUCUAAGAGCAUCAACCCUGAUGAGGCCGUCGCCUACGGUGCAGCUGUUCAGGCUGGUGUGCUUUCUGGCGAGGAGGGCGUCGAUGACAUUGUCUUGUUGGAUGUCAACCCAUUGACUUUGGGUAUUGAGACAACUGGUGGUGUUAUGACUACUUUGAUCAACAGAAACACCGCUAUCCCAACCAAGAAGUCCCAGAUCUUCUCUACUGCUGCCGACAACCAGCCAACCGUCAUGAUCUCUGUCUUUGAGGGUGAGAGAGCUAUGGUCAAGGACAACAAUUUGUUGGGUAAGUUCGAGUUGACCGGUAUUCCACCUGCCCCAAGAGGUGUUCCUCAGAUUGAGGUCACUUUUGCCUUGGAUGCCAAUGGUAUUUUGAAGGUUGACGCCGUUGACAAGGGCACCGGUAAGAAGAAGUCUAUCACUAUCACCAACGAGAAGGGUAGAUUGUCUAAGGAUGAGAUUGACAGAAUGGUUGAGGAGGCUGAGAAGUAUGCUGCUCAGGAUCAGGAGAUCAAGGCAAAGAUUGAGUCCAGAAACUCUCUCGAGAACUUGGUCCACAACAUGAAGCAGAAGCUUGCCGACAACGACGAGUAUGUCUCCAAGUUGGACGACAGUGACAAGGAAGACUUGUCCGAUGCAGUCAAUGAGGCUGCUGAGUUCCUCGAAGAGAACUACGAUACCGCCACCUCCGAAGAAUUCGAAGAGGCCAAGCAAAAGUUGGUUGAAAUCACUCAGAAGAUCUCCGCUAAACUCUACGAGAAUCCAGCCGACGGCGAGGAUGCUCAGUUCGGUGAUGACUCUGACGAUGAUGACUUUGACCACGACGAGUUGGAGGUUGAAACGGUCUUCAAAAAGAUCCAUGAGGGACUAGAUCUCUUUAAUUACUACCACCAGCGACAUGAAACAUCCAACAAUGACUCCCAACGAGAAAAGCUAGAAGCGGACUUGAAGAAAGAGAUCAAGAAACUUCAGAAAUUCCGAGAUCAGAUCAAAACUUGGCAGGGUAACGACUCGCUAGAAGCAACGAUUGCUCCUCAAAAGCUACAAGAGCAUAGGAGGCUUGUAGAGGAAGCAAUGGAGUGCUACAAAGAAGUGGAGAAAAACUCCAAGAUGAAAUCCUAUUCAAACCAAUCGAUAAUGCUUGCGUCUCUAGACAACAGCGAGCAGGAACUAACACCUGAAGGACGUGAAGCUGCUGAAUUUCUCAGAGAAGUUCAAGAUGAACUCACAGAUCAAAACGAGAAGUUGGAAGAAGAGUACGAAAAGCUUUCGCAAAAGAAGGUUAGGAAGAAUAAUCUGCUGGCAAUUGAGGAACGCAAACUGGAACUUGAGGGCUUCAAAACAAAAAAUGAAUUCCACCUUGAGAAGAUCGAGGGCCUUCUAGGGUUUCUCACAUCUGGAAAAAUCGCCGGAGAACUGGUCUUGGCUAUCCAAGAUGACUUGAACUUUUAUGUUGAAUCAAACCAGGAGCCUGACUUUAUGGACGAUGAAACUGUGUAUGACGAACUCUACAAGGAGGCUAGGGAGAAUCAUGAAAACAAUAUCAACGUGAACGGCACUGUUGAGGAAUCAUUCGACUUGAGUCUAUCGAACGGUCAUGAUACAAAAGAAUCCGAAACAAUAAGCAACGCUGACCUGUCAAUACUAAGCAGCGUGAAGCGCAAGUCAGCUUCAUCAGCAUCCCCUGUUCCUGAAACCACACCACUGACAUCGCAACAAUCGCUGGACAUCGUCAGAGCCGAGAAGGCCCUGUCAACACCGAAAUUAAAACAUGUGCCUACGGGAGGCAAGAGUGAAGCUUCUGAUGCGUCAAGUCCUGCCUUCAUCACCACUCUCAAACCUGCUUCCACACCAUCGAAACCAGUAGGGGCUUUGAAGUGGUCGCUAGCUGCUGCUGCCGGUGUUCAAAAAGCUUCUGAGAGCCCGAGUAACUCAAAGCAAACAAGUCCGGACAAAAACGAAAUCAUUGAUGAUAAUGCUAAAAUGAGAACGAAGGUUGAACCAGCUCAAGCAAAGCAUGCAUCUUCAAGUGGUCAUGACGAAAGUAACGCUUCAGCGGAGUUAUUGUCGCUUCUAACAAAGAACGAUGAAUACAGCGCUUACAUUGAGGUCUUGAAAAAUGCUAGUUUGGCUCCUGUGGAGCUGGAACUUUUUAGUGACGUAAACUUGUUGCGCUCUCCAGGUGGCAUUCAAGAUCUCGUUGCGAGUUUUACUGCUUCCAACAAAGCUGACGGAUCAUGCAAACUCUUGCGGAAAGGAAAUGAGUACGACACAUUCACUUCGGCCCCAUUUGAGAAGCCGUACCUGUUCCCAGGACUAUAUCCUUCUGUGGGCGUGCCUUUGGUGAAGGCUCCUUUGUUCCUUAGUAAGCUCAAUUUGCAAUGGGGACGUGUUCGGGCUCUCAACUUGUUUGAGAAGUUUGCUCAAGAGAUUGAAUCACUCGAGAUUCAAAGUACUCCUGAGACGACUCCUGUCGUAAACGAAAUGACCAUGGUUUUGUUCUAUGGUUAUUACUAUGGGUAUUUACCAUUGGAAAAUGUGAUCGCAGAAUCUCUUUUGCACAGACUUGGCUGGAGGCCGUAUGGUUUGGCGCCUGAAGAUGUUACGCCGAUGGGUAACUCGAGGCCAACCAAGCAGCUUCAAUUCUGGUUCAAAGGAUUGAACAGCGGUUCCUUCAGCGGAGAGGAGGCAAGUAAGCAGGGCCUUGGAGAUUUCCGAGUGUUUGACGUUUCUCUGUGGGAGGUGUACAUCAAGUAUGGCUUCAGAUACGACCCUCGCUUGAGCCGACCUCAUCCCACCACCAGUUUGCUUUGA